AUGGGGAUGGAUCCGAACCCCAGGAAGCGAGAGAGCGACGGCACCGCGGCCGAGGAGGAACGGCGGACGCGCCGGCGCGUCGAUGAGGAACCCACGGACGAGGAGGUGGAGGAGUUCUUCGCCAUCCUGCGGCGGAUCCGGGAGGCGGCGAGGCACUUGGGCGGGGCUAGGGCGGGGGCGGCGGAUCACGGAGUCGCCAGGUCCAAGGGGCGGGCCGACGGUGGGGCGCCGCCGAGGUGGCAGCCGGCAUUCGUGCCAGAGGACUUCGAGCAUCCGGGAGCGGCGGAGAGCAGCGGGGAUCGGAGGGAGAGAGCGGAGAAAGAUGAGGGCGCGGGGAAGUGGAGAACGAUGAGCCCCGGCGGCGAGCGGUGCUUCGAUCUGAACGAGAAACCCGCAGAUACAUAA